UCGUAUCUCUGACUAAACGCAAUUCUAGAAAGAGACACGAGAAGAUAAAUUUUACCCAUGUAGAUUUCAUAAAUCGUGAUGGAACUAAUAUGACAAUCCUUUGGUUUCACGGUAUUCAUUACAGUUUAAUCUAAGUACCUAAUAUCCAUUAAAACAAUAUAUAUUCUCCGGGUACUCGCGUGUGACGUUUUUAUUUUCCACGGACAAUUCUUUUAUUUUUUUUUGGUUUAUUAGUGGAUAAAAAACGAAAUAUCGGAUACUAAAAAUACAAAUAUAAAAAUGGAAGAGACAACUAAAAUUAGUGAACAGCAUGAGUUAAAAAAUUCACGUGAGAAUAUUAAUAUCGAUGAAAAUAAAAUAACUACAACCGGUGAAAAUUCGGGCCAUAAUAAUUCUGAAAAAGACGAUAACCAAGAGGAUAACAUGGACAAAGAAAUACAUUCAAGUCUGGCAGCCGAUAGUGUAAAAUCUCAUCAAUUAGAGCAAUCCAAUGGGCAUCUAAACCAUUCGUUUGAUCAUCAUUCUGGAGAUCACUAUCCACAUUUUAAUCGAAAUUUAGAACCACCUCACAUGCACCAUGGCCACCUUAAUCAUGCAUAUGAACAAUCUAGCAAGCCAACAAGUAGGAAAGUGUCCGCAGCUAGUCAUGUAGAUGAAGGCCCUGUAAGAAAAAAAAGUUUUAUGCACAAAUCGAACUCAGAUAAAGCACUCUCCGUUAGUGCCAUUGAUUCACAUUCAAAUUGUGAUGAAAAUGAAAGUCCCUCUAUAUGGUACGAUUUCUGUCUCAAAAUUAACUCACCAGAAGAAAGCAGAAAGCAGUAUCAGCCGGAAAUAUGGAAAAGAGUUUGUCCCCAACCAUAUUGUCCUUCGUACAGGAAAGUUACUAGGAUUAUAGCUUUAACUUUAAUAGGUCUCUUAGCUUGGUGUGUACUAUACGCAAUAGUGGGUGAAAGUGCUGCGCCACCUAAAGGACAGCUAUUUCAGUUAAUUGUUUUGAGUAUAUCUGCCCAUUUCGGAGGAUGGUUGUUUGGAUUAACAACUUUACCAGCUUUAGUCGGAAUGUUGUUUACGGGAAUAGCAUUGCAGAAUUUAAAUAUUGUCAACAUAGACUCUUCUUUUUCUCAUCUCAAUAAACAUCUAAGUGCUGUUGCUCUAGUAAUCAUUUUAACUCGAGCAGGAUUGGACCUAGAUCCCACUGCUGUUAAUAGACUUAAAUUUACCGUACUAAAACUAUCAGUAAUUCCAUGGACAGCAGAAGCUUGUUUAACUGUUAUUUUAGCCAAAUUUUGGUUAGGUACUAGUUGGAAAUAUUCAAUAUUAUUAGGUAGCAUAAUAGCGGCUGUGGCUCCUGCCGUUGUAGUGCCAUGCCUCUUUAGACUACGUUCCAAAGGAUAUGGAGUUGUGAAAGGCAUUCCAACGCUAAUUAUAGCAGUCGCAGGUAUCGACGAUGCACUCUCGGUAGCCAUUUUUGGAGUUGUGUUGGGUAUUAUAUUUACUGGUGCGAGUGUAGCCAAAGGAAUAAUUUUCGGAAGCCUCUCAAUACUAGCAGGUAUUGGUAUAGGUGUAAUAUGGGGAAUUAUUUGUAACAUCACACCUGAAAGAAACGAUCCAUUUGCAUCACCUUUGAGAAUUCUACUUCUCCUUUCUGGCGGUCUAGCUGGAGUCUUUGGUAGUGAGCUAGUAGGAUAUGGUGGCGCAGGUCCUUUAAUAUGUGUCACAGCUGCAUUUGUGGCUCUAACCAAUUGGUCCAAACAGGGGUGGCAUGUAGAAGAAAACCCAGCGGCUUUGGCAUUUGAAAUAUUUUGGAUGAUUUUUCAGCCCAUUUUGUUCGGAAUAACGGGAUCCAGAAUAAAAAUAAAUGAGAUGGAUGGUAACGUAGUAUUAGUCUCUUUGGGAAUAUUGGCGAUUGUUGUCGUAGUCCGCAUAGCAGUAACAAUUUUGGUAGGGAUUGGAUGUAAUAUGAAUUUAAAGGAGAAAUUAUUCGUGUCUGUAUCCUGGAUUAGCAAAGGAAUAGUUCAGGCUGCUCUAGGACCAGUGGCCCUUUCAUUACUGGAAAACAAAAGGAGCGAUGAAGUAAUUGAAGCCCAAAAAAUCAUGCAGUGUUGUAUAUUAUCUAUUAUUCUUACUGCUCCAACAGGAGCCUUACUAACAACAAUAUUAGGGCCCAUUUUACUUACUAAAGAAAAACCUCUUCCACCAGAACUUAGAGUAAGAAAGAAGAGUAGAAGACAAUCUUUCCUCAGUCCAGAUUUGUUGUUGAACGAAGAUGCCAAUAAUGAAGAUAGAGAACAAGGGCAUAAUAAUAUUACAAUUACGUCUAUAGUUGAAGAAGAGAAAGACGACGAGGAAACUGUUAAAAAAUAGAUAUUAAACUGAAAUAGUAAACAAUACGUUCAGAGCUGAUCUCGUGAUCUCGUGAUAUUUACCGCGAAAGAGAGAAAAAAAGGAAACAUGUGAUUAGUUGUGUAGUACAAUAACAUUUGAUCUAUUUUUAGGAUCAGAUAUUUUAAGUCAAUAAAUUCCGAUUUUAAAGACACCUACCUAUAUGUAAAAUUAUCAUGAAUAUUGAAUGAAGAAAUGCGUAUUAUGUAAAACGAAUUUUUUUAUUAUAACGCUAGCUAAUAGAAUAUCUAGUAUUAUCAUAUUUUGCUGACAUAAUUGUGAGCUUAUUUACAUAAUUAUAAUAUUUUCAGUUGGGAAUAUACAUAAAUAUCUAAUUAUUAUAAA